UUUGAUGUUUACACAAAAACAACCUACAGCUCAGACACUCCUGGCAAAGAAUAUGUAAAGUAAGGAUAUUAUUUAGCAAUAUUUUGUUUGAAUUAAGAUAUGGCAUAAAAAUAGACAUUUUCACGGUUUUCCCAAAUUUUUAUAUUGGCAAACAAAUGAAAAUCCAACACUAAAGUUUUGUCGUAAAAUAUUAUAAUAGUUUAUUUACACAAACUUUAAUUUGUGAUUUUCCCGGCUUAGACAACGUCUAAUGUUAAAAUUACUUCGCCAAAGAACUCAUCAGUCGUUUUUUAAGCCAUUUAAAACACGAGCAUGCAGGAGUGCUUUAUCAGAUAUAAAACACUCGAGCUGCACUCUCGUGUUUUAUAUAAUUUGAUAAAGCAUUCCUGCUCGUGUUUUAAAUAGUACAUAAUAUGUACUAUUUAAAACACGAGCAAGAUUGUUUUAUCAGAUAUGCUCGCAUGCGGAAAUUAAACCUUGGUUGCAAGAUUUUCCAUCCCAGUUUCUUUUAUUUAAAUUAUUUGGUUAUUAAAACGUCAAUACUCAAACUUUGUACAAAAAAAACCCAGAAAAAAGGCAUUUACUAUAGUUCAUUUCCCUCCUAAACUACUUUUAAUUCCUACAAUCGUUAUUUGAAUCUACGUUUUAUUCUAGAUAUAUGUGUUUGUACGGUGGGAUCUUAGCAUUUGAUAUAAGGUAAAUUUGAAAGUAUUAUUUCCGAGGAUCGAAGCUUCAAUCACCAUAUAAAGAGAUUGAAGCACUGGAGCGAUCUAUACUAAUCGAGCAAUUAUAGACUGAAUAUUCAGAUCGAUGAAAUUGAAAGCAAAAAUUACUAUAAUGUGAUGUCAUGUCAGUGCCAGUCUUUGCAUGCAUGAUAACCUAAAUUACGAAAUUUAAUUACAGCUAUGCAAGCUGAGCGCUUAUAUAGUGAGUGGUGAUCGACGUGUGAUGCGGUAGAGGACUGGCACGAGCGUGCUUUUCAGCAAAAUUUGACAAGAAGUGGAAUUUUGCACACACUCGUGUUUUUUUUUUUCUCGCUGUUAACCAACUUUUUACACGGUAUCGACGAAGAGGUUACUGGUCUAUGGUAUAUGAAUGUUUGGCCCAUGAAGUCGAUGAAGUUGCAUGAACUUUAAAAGAAAUAUUAUGGAUAAUGACACGUUCUUUUGAUGACCUCGAUCUAGGGAAAAACUCAAAACAAUAUUUGCAUUGGAAUGUAGUUUUGCAUGCGACCUAAUACAAUGAUUGUUUUUGCUUGUGCAAAACUCCAGGCUUAUUUAAGCCCGGAUCUUCAUCAGUGCAAAUAACCUCUAAAAAUAGAUCUCAUCUUUCGCCCAUGCGCGUUAAUUUGUGAUUGGUUGCUCUUUCGACUUGUCCUCAGAAUUAAUCGUCCCAGUUCAUGCAGUUUCCAAUUUGCAUUCCGGACUCGUUCAAAAUUGCAUCGUAAUGGUUAUUGAAUUAUUUUAACUAGGUACCGGCGAAUUUCUGCAUGCAAUAAAUUCCAACCUCAGUUUAUAGAUGAAUUGAUUAAAUUUUGCUUUUCUUUUUUCAGUGCCGAGCUUCAUGCUUCUUUUCUCUUCCAUACUGAAACGAUAUCAAUGAGUGACAAAACAUAUGUCGAAUGUUAUUACAAUGGCACUGCUGCUACGUAGAAUUUUUUACAGUGAUAAUU